AAUUUCAUGCCUGCAAACCGUCAUAUCAUACGAAUGAAACGUUGAAGAUGUCACCAGUAGUUUUCACAAGUAAACUCUUUCCAUCAUAUUCCCUUUAUAAACUCUUCAAAUUUCACCGCAAGACGACGUCGUUCUCGGUCUCCACCACCACCACCACCGCUUCCAUGAACACACCUUCAGGUUUAUCAGUUAAUUCCGUCACCACCGAUGCGUUAAAGUUGAGCCUUGAGGAUUUGAAUUGGGAUCACUCGUUUGUUCGUGAGUUGCCCGCUGAUCCUCGCACAGAUUUCAUGCAACGUCAGGUGCAUCAUGCAUGUUAUUCAAAAGUAUCCCCUUCCGUUCGAGUGGAAAACCCGCAACUAGUAGCAUGGUCCGAAUCUGUUGCAGAAAUUCUCGAUUUAGAUCAUAAAGAAUUUGAAAGACCCGAUUUCCCGCUUCUGUUCUCCGGGGCAUCGCCUUUAGUAGGAGGAUUGCCUUAUGCUCAAUGUUAUGGCGGUCAUCAAUUCGGAAUGUGGGCGGGUCAACUGGGUGACGGGCGGGCCAUCACACUCGGGGAGCUUAUGAACUCGAAGUCCCAAAGGUGGGAACUACAACUAAAGGGGGCCGGAAAGACUCCAUAUAGCCGGUUUGCAGAUGGUUUAGCGGUUCUUCGUAGUAGUAUACGUGAGUUUCUUUGCAGUGAAGCGAUUCAUAGUCUUGGGAUUCCAACAACUCGCGCACUUAGCCUUGUAACAACGGGGAAAUAUGUUAUGCGUGACAUGUUUUAUGAUGGAAAUCCAAAAGAUGAACCAGGUGCAGUUGUGUGCAGAGUUGCACAAUCGUUUUUACGUUUUGGCUCGUUUCAAAUACACGCUGCACGUGGAAAAGAGGAUCUUGAAAUCGUUAAAGUGUUAGCCGAUUACACCAUCCGGCAUCACUUUCCUCAUAUAGAAAAUAUGAGCAAAAGCGAUAGUUUAUCUUUCUCCACUGGCCAAGAAAAUGAUACCGCAGUAGAUCUAACUUCAAACAAAUACGCAGCUUGGGUGGUGGAAGUUGCUGAACGUACGGCUUCAUUGAUUGCCAGCUGGCAGGGUGUCGGUUUCACACACGGUGUGAUGAACACUGAUAACAUGAGUGUAUUGGGCCUCACGAUUGAUUAUGGGCCGUUUGGAUUUCUUGAUGCGUUUGACCCAAGUUACACCCCAAAUACCACUGAUCUUCCAGGGAGACGAUAUUGCUUUGCGAAUCAACCCGAUGUUGGUUUAUGGAAUAUAGCUCAGUUUAUAUCGACUCUUUCUUCUGCUAAAUUGAUUAAUGAGAAAGAGGCCAAUUAUGCACUUGAAAGAUAUGGUACAAAAUUUAUGGAUGACUACCAAACUAUAAUGAGCAAAAAAGUCGGGCUACCAAAGUACAAUAAACAACUUAUUAGUAAACUGCUUAACAAUAUGGCGGUUGACAAAGUUGACUACACAAACUUCUUUAGAUUACUAUCCGACAUCAAAGCUGAUUCAACAACCUCAGAUGAAGAACUGUUGGGCCCACUCAAGGCCGCUUUACUAGAUAUCGGUCAAGAACGUAAGGAGGCGUGGAUAAGCUGGGUCCGAAUUUACAUCGAGGAGUUAUCUCGUAGUGGUGUUUCGGAUGAGGAAAGAAAAGCUUCAAUGAACUCUGUGAACCCGAAGUUCAUUCUUCGGAACUAUUUAUGUCAGAGUGCUAUAGACAUGGCUGAACAAGGUGACUUUGAAGAAGUGAGACGGUUGCUUAAAGUAAUUGAAAGCCCAUACGACGAGCAACCUGGUAUGGAAAAAUACGCGCAGUUGCCACCUGCAUGGGCUAACCGUCCAGGCGUGUGCAUGCUAUCUUGCUCGUCGUAAGGUUUCUGCAUGCUCGAUUUUGGAAAGCGUAUGUAUGUGUAUAUAUAAUGUUUACAUGUUACACUUGUAUAUCUGUGUUUGUUGUUUCGAUCGCAUUACACAAUGAGUUAUUAGACAAUCCGGGUCAGGGUUUAAUUAAGCUCAGUUUCGACUUGUUUAACUAAGAAAAGAAGGUUUUAGCUUGGUUUGUUUAAA